GAUUGUGUGAAUCUGCAGCGCUGCUCGGCGACACAGUCCGAGAGAUGCUCAGGACGGACAACAGCCGCGGACGCGCUCUGAGAAGUGGACAGUGAGAAUAAAAAGGCACAAAAGCUUCUGCCGAGGAGCCGCUGAGCACCAAAGAGACAAGAGGGCAGAGGAGCUGAUGCACAAGUGAGAAUAAAAACCAGUCCAAGCUCCUGCUGCGGCGGACAACUCGAUUCUCCGGGAGUUUGAGGGAGUUUGAAGACAGUACUUAACGUUAUCAGAUAAUUAAUUAGACACCCCAUAAGCCCGGAAAUCAAUUAAUUCACAAAUCAAUAAAUCCAUAGUCUGGUGUAACAAGAGACCUUCCAGACUGUUGGCCCCGGCUGUGGAAACAACAAUAACAAGAGGAGAAGAGCCACACGGGGACAGAUCCAGGUUUAUUAGCAGGAGCUGAAGAUGGACGGGGGUCUAGGAGAGAUGUCCCUCCACACUCACCCGGAUCUGGCUCACAGUCAGGACGGCAGGGCCAUGCUGCACUCGCGGGACCUUUCAGCUGCUUUCCCCAGGCCCUCCCUCGGGGGCCCCUCCAUGUCCCUGGAGCCCGAGCCCCGUCCGCCGGGCUUCGACCACUCCAUGUCGGCACUGGGCUACAGCGGCGACUCCCCGUCCAGCUCCGGCAGCACCUACACCACGCUGACCCCCCUGCAGCCCUUUGAUGACAAGUUCCACCACCACCACCAUCACCACCACCCUUGCCUGCCCGUCAGCAACGUCAUCGGGAGCUUCACCCUCAUGCGCGAGGACCGAGGCCUCAGCACCAACUUCUACAACCCCUAUGGCAAGGACCUCGCCAUGACCCAAAGCCUGUCCCCCCCCUCCACAGGUUCAGGCCUGGGCUCCUCCAUGCACGGCUAUGGCAGUCUGGGUAACAGCCCCAAUGGCAAUGGUGGUCAGAUGCUCCACGGCGGCUACGACGUCCACGGGGGGAGCCUCUUCUGCAGAACAUCGGAUUUCGCCCGCGAGAUCUCGCAACCGGGCCUUGGAGGAGGCGACGUGUCCGUGGGGCAUCAGUUGAAUAAAAUGGAGGCUCACCAGCAUGUCACGGGCCACCACCCUCACCUCUACAGCCAGCACUACCAACCGCACCAUCACCCCAGCCAGCAGGCCUCCAAGGUGAGCGAGCACCUGCACUCCUCGUCGUCCGCCUCGUCCUCGCCCGGCGAGGGCAUGCUGUCGGGCAUGCAGGGCAGCGGAGGCAGCACCGGGGAGGAGAUCAAUACCAGGGAUGUGGCCCAGAGGAUCAUCACCGAGCUGAAGAGGUACAGCAUCCCCCAGGCCAUCUUCGCCGAGAGGGUUCUGUGUAGGUCACAGGGCACGCUGUCCGACCUCCUGAGGAACCCCAAGCCCUGGGGCAAGCUCAAGUCCGGCCGCGAGACCUUUAAGAGGAUGUCCCGCUGGCUCCAGGAGCCAGAGUUUCAAAGAAUGGCCUCGCUCCGGCUGGAGGCCUGCAAGCGGAAGGAGCAGGAGCAGAGCAAGCUGGAGCGGAAUCAAGGCCCGAAGCGCACCAGGCUGGUGUUCACCGACCUGCAGCGGCGUACGCUCCUGGCCAUCUUCAGGGAGAACCACCGCCCGACCAAAGAGCUGCAGGUUACCAUCUCCCAGCAGCUGGGCCUGGAGCUGUCCACCGUCAGCAACUUCUUCAUGAACGCCCGCCGACGCAACAUCAACAAGUGGGCAGACGAGGGCCGUCCCUCCUCCACGGGUUCCUCGGGCUCCAGCGUUUCCUCCUCCGCAGUGUCCUGCAGCACGGCGUGAUGACGGACCGCCGAGCAGGUGCGGUGGGGAGGGCGCUGAGGGAGCUAGGGGGCACAUAGACUGGUCUAGGCAGAGAUCAGCCGUAAUAAAUGUCCUCCUCGUUAUCAGAAGGAGCGACGGAGCCAGCGAUUGUAGAUGAUAUUAUGAAGAUGAAGCAUUUUCCCAAACCAAAGUUGAUCGCUUCCUUGAAAUGGAAGGGGGGCGAUACCCAGAGUGAUAUGAACGCAGGAUGUGAGGUCCUGCUUGUAUAGUCGAGGGUGCAAAGAUUAUUUGACUCAUAGAAGAGUCACGCCCUCACAUAGACGCCAUCUCAUUGCAUUAUUUUGAUUAUGUAGAGUAGAGAUAAUGAGGGUAUUACAAAUCAGGAGGAAGCAUAUUUUGGUGUACCUUCAAAUCUAUUGUCAUCUCUCCAAACGUGAAGAAUCAAGAUGUCGUUUGCUCACAGCUGGAGAGCGCCAUCGUGUAACAUCUUAAUCAAAACUGUUCACCACCAUCCAAAGACGUUAACCCCGCCCCGGUGUGCUCCACAAACACGGUCGCGUCGGCUUUUUCCUCGAGAAUCAAGGUGAAAGAGGAAAGAAAAGGCGUUUUUUUUAAAACUUAGCCAUUUUUUUUCCUGAAGAACCUAAUUUCCCUUUCUUAGCAUGUGUUUCCAUGGCGACGGUUCCCACGUCUGUGCGGCGUUGUCUCGAGUCCAGAGCCUGGAAUUAUCAGGAGGGCUCUGUAGCGUCUGUAACUUCCAGCAGUCAAUCAUUUCACCGUCAGCAGGAGCCUUGCCUGUGCUUUUGUGAGGAUGGUCCCGCCUUGAAUGAAUCAGAGUUUUCGAGGGGGGGGAGAGCGCAGAGCGUCUCGCUGUACGCCCGGACCGAAUCAAUAAACAAGUAGGACGCAGAAACGGACUUGUUGGUGCAAACGUCCAGCUUCAAGACUCUCACCGAGCUUCCAGACGUGAGCUCCACGGCCAAUUUUUUUUUGACUCGAAAAUCAAGCCACAAAAAAAAAAAGAAGAAAAACGAGAAACGGCCUUUGACCACGGAGGCGCCGCGGUGCAGAGGCACACUCGACACAAUGUACAGUGACAUUGUCCUAUUUUUUUUUCCACUCAUUUUCAAACUGUACACACCUCUGCUCCAUGUUGAAAUCUUUUUUUUUUUUAUUUUAUUUUUUUACAGAUGUCUAGACAAAUGGAGGAAUGUGAUUCUUUCAGCCCUUUUUGUACAGAUUUCAAGCACAUCGCUCUAUUUAUAGAAACACAUUGGGAGCACGGGGCCGUUUGUUUCAGCCCUGCUGACGUACAAGGUCAUUUUUUGGUCCACAAAGGAAAGGCUUUGACAUGCCUCCUUAUAGCCAAUAGUUAAAUCAAACCAAGAUCCUUUUAAAUGCAAUUGCUGAUCUGAUCAAUGUAUUUAUUACUGCAUUUGUGUAUUUAUUAUUUUCCCCUUUUCUUUCCCUCUUUCUUAUUUAUUUGGUUAUUUAUUUAUGCUAAUCUAUAUACUGUAAGUAUUUAUUUAACAAUGCUCUGUAUGUCUGUGUGAAACUGAAGACUUUUUUCUGAUGGGCACUUUUAGCUGUAGAAUCCCAUCGUAAUACCAAAGAUUAACAUUGCGUCCCUGAAUGUACGGCCUGAGUCCCCGACCCCUGACCCCUGACCCCCGACCCCGAACCACCCAGUGAUGUUACGUAUCUCUCUCUAUCUUCCAGGCCUGGCCUUUGUUUUUGUUUUUUGUAGAAUAACGGGGAUUUCUUUACUCUUGCAAUUGUCUCUGCGGUCAGCUCUUAACGUCAAGGCCAAAGCUUGUUUGAAUGUUGUGAUAAUAUUUAUAAUUAAUAACACUAUGAAUAAUGACAAUAAUAAUGAUGUUGAUACCGAUAACAACAACAAUGAUGUGGCAUCCCAUAGGUUCACAGGUUGCUUGUAAAGUUGUGUCCGGACCGACGCCAUCUGGCGGACUGUGUCUGGGGACCCACUUAAAGCGCUGUCUGAAGGUCCCAUUGAGUGCGAGUCCUUCAGGGUCACAUGCAAACAUGCGUACAGUUUGUCUGCCUGGGGAAAUGCAUGGUUGUGACCCCCUCCUCUCUCUCUCCCAUUCCCAUCUCCCCCCCCUCCCCAGUGCAGUGCAGACGGUCUUGUCUAUGUCCAGCUCAGUGUGAUCUUACUGUCCUCCACAUUCUAAACCCUUCUGCCAGUUGUCUCAGUUCCAAGACGGUUCACUCCUGGUUCUGGGAGGUUCUUAAGAUUUGAGAGGUUCCUCGUCUUACGUGGAUCUUGGGGUUGUCUUCCUGUUCCUAGAGUUCUGGAAGGUGCUAGGAUUCGCUCUUGGUUUUCGAGAGGUUCCUUGUUUUACGUGGAUCAGGGUUCUGCGGGUGCUAGGAUUCAUUCCUGGAGUUUGAGGCUCUUAAUGUCCAGCGGGUUCCUCGACUCCUCGGGUUUGUGUUGAUUGAGUUCUGAAGGUCUUACACCUUGUUCCUGGUCUUUUAGGAUCUUUAAGUCUUCUGAGAGAUUUGGUCCUCCUCUUUUGGAGAUCUCCAAUUUAGUUGCAAUGCCGUUUAGGCUCCCUGAACUUCCUAGGGUGUGUCCCUUGAACUUUCUGAAAGGCUUUCGAGGCUCAUAGUGUCUGUGGCCGUCUUCCCCCUGCAACCUGCUGCAGGCUCAAGUGACCUGAUUUCCCAGUGUUUUAAAUGCUAAAUGCCUGAAUCAGGAGAAAUUGCCCAGGAUCUGAUUCACUGACCCGGGUGUAAACGCUGCCAAAGAGUGGCGAGGCGAGCCCGGUGUUUCUCCACCCUCUCUCUCUCUCUCUCUCUCUCUCUCACUGUCUUUAACAUUGGGAGGGGUGGGCUGCCGGGGCCCCCUUCACAGCGUGCACUUGAAAGACGGGCGGUCAUGAAAGAGGCCAUCGACUUUUCCGCAGACUUCAAAGCCGAGGCCUUUUUCAUCCCAUCUCCUCUCUGGGUAUCUGGUCUGGGGUCCGCUCUCGGCCAGACCUGUGGGGUU